UAGUGAAAUGGACGUGAAAAUUUUCUCUAUAAUAAUAUUACUAAUACCAGCAAUUACUGAAGCAUGGAAAUCCCCAGGAGACGAGAGGAGAGAGGGCCGUGAACUUCGUAAAGGUCUCCAUUACCAUUCCAAAAGACACAUGCUACCGAGUGACGGUGAACUAAAGAGACGAGCUACUACGCUACGCCCCAGGGAAUUGAGGAAAAAGCCAUCUGGUCACCUAAAGCCUCUCAACGAAGAUGAUAUGGAAAAUGAUGAAGUCAUCUCAGUAGCCAUAGGACCACCACCGAUCCGACCAAAAUAUGAUAAAGUUCUAUGGAAACACUCUCAGAAGCCUGCCAAUAAUAUAUCAAAUCUUACACCCACGAGUUUAGUAAGAAAUGUGUUGACACAACUCGGAAGAGAGUUCUUGUCGCACCAGGUGAACGAAGAUUUUGUCUUUGGGCAAUAUGUAGGAAUUGCGAUGAAGAAUUUGACGAGCGAACUCCGUCUGAUGAUGCAGCAUGAAAUAUUGGAGCUGAUAGUGAAGUAUCAGAGGAUUAAUCGUGGUGAGGUAUUGAAAUUAGAAGAGAAGACUGAAAGACCUACACUACAGAUAUUGAAAGAUUUCAAAGGUGAAAAGAAGGUUACGAACGAUACUGAUGAUGGUUGGCCUGAUUUCUCUAAUUUAGCAAAAAUCGUAGGUUAAAUCUUUUGAGGAUUUUUCAAUAUACUGAAUACUGAUGCAUGGUAUA